UUCUCGAGUCCGCCCCUGGCUGAGAGUCAGCGGCAGUGGGAUGCUCAGCAUGCAGAUUCCCAGGCUCCCCCCGUUGGCAUCGGGGACCCGUCAGUCAAGGCCUGGGCCCGGGCAGCUGUGCUGACGAGCGUUCCAAGUCAUACUGGCUGCCUGCGCGUAGUUGAGAGGGAAAAUGUGCAGAAGAGGACCUUUACUCGGUGGAUAAAUCUACACCUAGGAAAGUGCAACCCACCUCUAGAAGUUAGAGAUUUAUUUGUUGAUAUACAAGAUGGCAAAAUCCUAAUGGCUUUGUUAGAAGUCCUGUCUGGGCGAAAUCUGCUGCACGAAUACAAAUCCUCGUCGCAUCGUAUUUUUCGGUUGAACAACAUAGCGAAAGCACUUAAGUUUUUGGAAGAUAGCAACGUAAAACUGGUUAGCAUCGAUGCAGCAGAAAUAGCGGAUGGCAACCCCUCUUUGGUUCUUGGGCUGAUAUGGAACAUAAUUCUCUUCUUCCAGAUUAAAGAGCUCACGGGCAACCUCAGCAGAAACUCUCCCUCUUCCAGCCUGUCACCUGGCUCAGGAGGCACAGACUCAGACUCGUCAUUCCCACCCACACCCACCACGGAGAGGAGUGUGGCGAUAUCAGUGAAAGACCAGAGGAAGGCCAUCAAGACCCUGCUGGCGUGGGUGCAGAGGAAAACGCGGAAGUAUGGCGUGGCGGUGCAGGACUUUGCGGGCAGCUGGAGGAGUGGGCUGGCUUUCCUGGCUGUGAUCAAGGCCAUCGACCCCAGCCUGGUGGACAUGAAACAGGCCUUGGAAGAUUCCACACGAGAAAAUCUAGAGAAGGCGUUCAGCAUUGCCCACGACGCCCUGAGCAUCCCCAGGCUCCUGGAGCCAGAAGACAUCAUGGUUGACACGCCGGAUGAGCAGUCUAUCGUGACUUACGUGGCACAGUUUCUAGAACGUUUUCCGGAGUUGGAAACCGAAGACUUUCUGGAUUCAGAUAAAGAAGUUCCCAUUGAAUCCACCUUUGUCCGUAUCAAAGAAACCCCCUCUGAACAAGAGAGCAAAGUCUUUGUUCUGACUGAAAAUGGGGAGCGUGCCUACACCAUUAACCAUGAAACCAGCCACCCGCCACCCUCUAAAGUCUUCGUCUGUGACAAGCCCGAGAGUAUCAAGGAAUUCUGCCUGGAUGGUGUUUCCAGCCAUGCGCUGUCAGACAGCUCCACCGAGUUCAUGCACGAGAUCAUCGACCAGGUCCUCCAAGGGGGCGUAGGUAAGACCAGUGGCAUCGGUGAGCCAUCUCCAGAAUCUUCCAUUUUAUCAUCCAGAAAGGACAGCCGGAGGUUCAACCCUUUGCCAAUCAAGAAAACUGUUCACUUUGAGGCUGACACCUGCAAGGAGGCUUCCUGCAGUAAGGACCCCUUCUACAGUCAGGACCUCCGCUCUGAAGGGAGCCCAAGGGCAGUACAGGAGGUGCCGAAGCAGGGUGGACCCAGCUUGGCAGCUGAAGUUCCUGAAGGAAAGGAGCCGAAACAGGAAUCCGCAGAGACCCCGGAAUUUCCUUCUGACCAGGUCCCCAGUGACAUCUCCUUGGAAGAUGGUACGAUCGAUAAUUCUCAGAUUUCCCUGAGUUCUUCCUGUAAUGGCGCCCAAGAGAGUGCAGCUAGCCACGGUGAAGAAAGUCAUUCUCUUGCACCCCUUGAAGAAAACACUGUUAUGGCCGAUUCCGUGGAGAUCAAAGUUAAGCUGCAGACUGUAGAAGACAUGGAUAAAGAAGACUACUUUGAAGGCAUACCAUUAAAAGCCUCAAAAUAUAACAGCGACCUAAUAGAUUUUGCUUCUACCAGCCAGGCUUUCAAUGAGGUUCCUUCGCCUCAUGAGAAAAAACCCGCCGAGGGUGAUGUUUUUGAGACUAAUGCUGAAAAACUGGGGAAAAAGAGAACUAAAUCCGCCCACAAAAAGAAAGAUUCGCCUGAGCCCCAAGUUAAGUCCGAGCAACAAGAACCUCCUCAAGGCCCUGAACAAAACAUUCAAGGCCAUUCGUUGGCCCUGGAAGAGAUUCCGGUGGAUAUAAAGCCAAAGGUGUGUGAAAAGGCCAAGAGGAAGUCCACUGGUCGUCCUCGUGGUGGGGAGGACGAGGGGGAAGCUGAAGGCCUCCAGAGCAUAGGCGAGGAAUUGCCCUCCAGCCCCCCAAGCAGCAGUGUCAGCCUGGAGACCCUUGGGAGCCACAGCGAGGAGGGCCUGGGUUUCAAGCCCUCCCCACCCCUCUCCAAGGUCUCUGUCAUUCCCCACGAGCUUUUCUACUACCCGCAUUACGAGGUGCCCCUAGCUGCAGUUUUGGAGGCUUAUGCGGAAGGCUCAGAGGAUUUGAAAAACGAAGAAACGGAUCUGGAAGAGCCAGAGGGCUAUUUGCAUGACCUGGACUCCUGGGAGGAGGAGGCCGAUGGCUCCCACAGCGGCUAUAGCUCCCCAGUGCCGGGCGAGGGCCUCUCUGGUGCCAGGAACCAGGUGCCGCAUCUCGACACGGGUGGCGAGGGUGCCACGCCAGCCUCGGAACCCGCCGCCCCACCCCCCCACGAGGACCACCAGCAAAGGGAGGCCAAAGAGCGUGACCCGGUGGACAACUAUCAGUCCCAGGAAGCCCCAAACUCAGAAAACACAGCAAACCCUGAGGAAGAAAAGGUGAUGGAAAAAUCAAUCAGCAGCAAAAAAAAGGAAAAAAGGAAACAUGUGGACCAUGUAGAAAGUUCAUUAUUUGUAGCACCUGGGACUGUUCGAUCCUCAGAUGAUCUAGAAGAGGACACUAGCGACCACAGAAUCCCUUCCAGGACUAGUCACAGUGACUCCAGCAUUUACAUUCGACGACAUACUAAUAGGUCUUUGGAAUCGGAUCAUUGUAGCUAUGCUCAAUUGAGGAACACAGCAGAUCUGGAUGACAGAAGGAACCGAAUAUUAACCAGGAAGGCCAACAACUCGGGAGAAGCCACACUGCUGGAGAGCCACAGCCCACGGAGCGACUCGCUGACACAGUUCGUGCAGCAGCCGGACAUGAUGUAUUUUAUUCUCUUCCUGUGGCUCCUGGUGUACUGCCUGCUGCUCUUCCCACAGCUGGAUGUCAACAGGCUCUGAUGCGCGUCUGCAUAAUAAAAAAGACAGGACCCUGA